AUGAUCUCAUUUGAAGACACAUAUCUCGUCGAUGUUGACCUCUACGAUCCUUCGCCAUUCGCAGACAUUGACUCAGCUACCAGCAACAUCCGCGCAAAUGCCGCGAUCCUCCAUCAUUACUGCAAAUACGUCGUGAACUUUGCUCGACUGCACCACAGAGCCACAAAAUGGGUGAGACAAGCGCGUCAGAUCAUUGCAGACCGUCAAACCGAAUCCGAAGCAACGGAGGACGAGCUCAAGGAGGCUCUGGCAAGCUAUGGGUUGCUAAAAUCCGGAAAGGAGGUUGUCGAAAGCUCUGGUAGAGUGAUCGACGUGAUGGAGAUGUUUCGCGGCAGAGACGAUGCAAGCGACGACGUGGAAGGGAACGAUUUCGGUUGCAUGAGAGAGGUCUUCUACCAUUUCGCCCUCAUGGGACUCACCCGAACCUUCUGGGACCCAACAUGGAAACUCAUCGACGAGGACCUCCCGCAUAUGCACGACAUGCCUGAUCUUGAAGCACAUGGUGUCUUUGUUCUCGAAAGGCUAGAGCAAAGAGUUCCUAUGCUAGGUCUUGAGUCAUGGUGCUACUUGGUAAUUUUGAUGGGUGUUGCAAUGGAGGUUAGGCAGGUGGAAUAUCAGAAGAGGGUGGAAGUUGUGGUCUCAGACAUCGCAGGAAAGGGGUUUGCCUGCGCCGAGUCGAUGUUGGGUGACAUGAGGCUGCUUUGGGGGAUGGAUUAUGCGGCCCAACACGACAGCAGCAUCGGUCCGACCUGCUAA